AUGGCGAGCGUUCAACAAGGAGAGAAACAGCUUUUUGAGAAGUUCUGGCGAGGAACCUUUAAAGCCGUGGCCACCCCGCGUCCCGAGAGCAUCAUUGUCGCCAGUAUCACGGCCCGCAAGCCGCUGCCAAGGACAGAACCCCAGAGCAGCCCCAUGGUCCCAGCUCAGGAUGGACCCUCGGAAAAGUUGAGCCAGCCUCUGGCCACUGAGGUCUUGGGCUCCAACAGCUGGGAGAGAGGCAAAGCCUGCCAGGAGGCCAGUCCUGCCAGAGCACACAGUGCCUCCCAAGGCAAAGACUUGACGCCACCCCCUUCCUCCAGGGGGAAGAAGAAAAAGAAGAAAGCUACCCGGAAGAAGAGAAGGAGGUCCCCCUCAUAUAGCCCAUCGCCUGUCAAGAAAAAGAAGAAGAAAAGUUCCAAGAAACAUAAGAGACACAGGUCAUUCUCCAAGAAGAGAAGGCACAGCUCCUCCAGCCCAAAAAACAAAAGAAAGGAAGAGAAGAGGCACAAAAAACAAUCACGAAGCCGGCCCCGGAAGUCCCACCGCCACCGUCAUCACCACUGCCCCUCGCGGUCCCAGAGUUCGGAGUCCCGCUCCUCAAGCUGUGACAGCAGGCACCGCGGCCAGUCCCCCGAGGAAGGGCGGAAGACCCGCCGAAGGCACUCUCGCCGCUGCUCCAAGACCUUCUGCAAGGCCAGCCCCGAGUCCCGGUCCAGCCCCCCGCCCAGCCAGCCCCUCCAGAUGCUCAGCUUCCUGUCGGCCAGGGGUGUAAUCACUGGGCCGGGGGCUGCUGCCCUCUUUACCAGAACAGCCCGGCUGCUCGCCACCUCCCGAGGACGCUCCCAGGAGUAUGACUCGGGCAAUGACACCUCCUCGCCACCCUCCAUGCAGAUCAGCUCAGCCAGGUCUCGGGGUCAGGAGAAGGAGAGCCCCACUGGGGGCCUGAACAAGAGCCGGGGCCCCAGCAGCGGCAACACCUCUGAUUCCGGGAACUCCUUCACCACCUCCUCCCCCCAGAACGAGGGGGCCGCUUUGGAGAAUCUCUCCCCCACCAGCAGGGGCAGAGAGUCAAGAGAAUUCCAGUCGCCAUGCCUGGAAUGCACCGAGGUGAAGAAGUCCAGUUUGGUCCCAUCCGCGGCCCGGAGCUCGCCCAUGAGAGGGUGCUCCCGCAGCUCCUCCUGUGCCAGCACCCACUCCUCCAGCCACUCCUCCCGAUCCCCAAACCCCAGGGCCUCCCCCAGGUACACCAGGAGCCGAUCCACCUCCUCUGGGAAAAGGUCCUCCUCCCGGUCUCCCAGCUAUUCCUCCAACUCUGGCAAGAGGAGUCCGCCUAGCAGAAGCUCUAGGUCCCGCCGCAGCCCCAGCUACUCCCGCUACAGUCCCAGCAGGGAGCGGGACCCCAAGUACAGCGAGGACUCGCAGCAGCGGGAGCGCGGGCGAGCGCGGCGGAGACGUCGGUCCUACUCGCCCAUGCGGAAGCGCCGGAGAGACUCCCCGAGCCACCUGGAGGCGCGGAGGAUAACGAGCGCCCGGAAACGCCCCAUCCCCUACUACCGGCCCAGCCCCUCUUCGUCCAGCGGCCUCAGCAGCACCUCCUCCUGGUACAGCCGCUCAGCCAGCCGAAGCUCUUCCCGGAGCCCGAGUCACAGCCGCAGCAGCCGCAGCCACAGCCGCAGCCGCAGCCGCAGCCGCAGCCGCAGCCGGACCCGCACUAGCAGCAGCUGCAGCUCCCGCAGCCCCAGCCUGGGCUCUCGGAGCCGGAGCCGGAGCCGGAGCCGGAGCCGGAGCUACAGCUCAGCAGACAGCUACUCCAGCACAAGGCGCUAAGCAAAGGCCCUCCCGUGAGCCAGCUGCCUGUGGUGCCCCUUUCACUCUGCCAGCCUCCCCCACUCCCUGCCCACCCUGCCUUCUCCUUAGUACAGACAUUGAGGGCUCCUGGGCCCUGUCCUGCCUGCUCCCCUGGGGGUGGGAGGAAAAGGGGGUAUGGGGGCUUCCGCCUCUAUGUCGAGCUCCUAGGAGCCCCCACCACACCACCCUGGGGCUCAACUCAGGCCUGAGUAUACGGAGUGAACCACCUUCUGUUGGCACAGAGAAAUCUCAAAGUGAAAUCCUCCCUCCCGGUCUUUCCAUCACAUCAGCCCGUGGGUCCAGAAACUGCCCUGCAGCCAACCGGAAAAUCCUUCCUCCACUGGGAGAGCGGGGCCAGGCGCCAGGGCAGCAGUGGAGGACCUGGCCUUUCCACGAUGCCCUCUGGCCCAGACCUGGGCCCCGCCCACCAAGACUAAUGGAUGCCAGUGCUAUCACCGCAGAAGGCCCCAUGGCAGAUGAGAAAACUGAGGCCCGGGAAGGGGGAACUGACGUGCCCAGGCUCCCUUGAGCUCCGUCCGAUCUGCCUGACUCCACGCCCCACCCACGCUCUUCUCGGUAGCUCUUUCUUGCCAGGCCUAGGCUGUGAGGGCUUCUCUGUGUGCUGUAUCUUUCCUCUCCCAAUACCCAGCUGUUUCCUCCAGCAGCCAUUGGCCAAGGACCUAGUAAAAUCUACCACAUCAGCCCUGGGGGCUUGAUGCACGUCGGGGGCUGGAACUCCCACCUGGAAAACCCCAACCCGGGGGGACCCACCACCAGCCCAGCUCGGCCUGAGCAGCCAGCCUCUGCCCACGUGCCCACAUCAGCGGGGGAGAAGCUCCUGUGUUCUCCAGCACCCCGGGACCCUGUCCUCUGCCCAGUGAUACAGUGGCCAUGGCUUGUUUGAUAUCUGGUGUCCACAGCUAAGCAUAACCUACCCGAGGUUUCCGAUUUUUUUCAGCCUGUACGAAACGUGUCUCUGUUCUAAUAAAAGGUUCCAUGGUAUGGUGUUCUCAUCCGUGGCCCGGCGUCCUCUGUCCGCAUAGGGUGCCCAGAAGCAGAGGGAGGGUGGCUGGGCGGCUGGGAGACGGGGGCAGAGAACAGCCGAGCGGCACCUGCUCUUGCGCCUCACAUCAUCCCAGCGCUCACCUCGCCCCUUUCCUCACAACAAGCCUGUAAGUAUUGGGGGUUCAUAUAUACCUUCAGAGCAGCCACCUUUCCCUAAGCCUUUUUAUCUCAGUCUUCGGCACAGCCUCUAUUAGGGCUAGGUAUUAAGGUCUCUUUUCUACCAAGAAGGAAACAGAGGCCCAGAAAAGCAACGUCACCAGCCCGAGGUCGCAGAAUCGGUGAUAGGAUCCCGGCGGGCUCACUCCAGACCCCAGGCUGUUCACUGCUCUGACCUACAGCACACCCGCUUAUGCAGUAAGUGACCAUUUUCCUUUGGUCUGAUGGUUUUGCUCCGAGGCCUUCACGGUCAGGAGGAAGUUCAGUGCAGG